AUGUGCUUCGCUUCCAAAACGGCCGUUCCGAUGGAGGUGCUGGCGCAGGACCACGACGCGCAUGAGACGUGCUUCAUGUACAGCUGCGGAAUGGUGAACUGCGGGCUGCGAUUUUGCACAGAGGCAAUGAGGGUGCACAAAGGUGAACGAGGGCGAAUAAAGUGUCUGGUUUGUGCACAACCGUUCCCAUCGGCCCGAAUUCUGCAUGUGCAUAUAAAAAAGGAGCACACAACUGGUUUCCCAUGUGCUGUUUGCCAGAAAAGCUGGUCAACGUACACCGGCUUAUAUGAUCACGCGAAAAUGCACUCGGAAAUCCACACUUGUCGCACCUGUGGCUCAGUGUUCCGCUCUAAUCACCAGUUAAUUCAGCAUCGACGCAUUCACCGAUCUGUCCAUGCCUCCAAAUGUGAUGUGUGCGGAAAGACCUUUAAGCUACCGAGCCAUCUGUCACGACAUAAAACGUUCGUUCACACGGAUGAAACGCGGAAGAAGCACACAUCUGAACGGGAAGAAAUGGAGAACCUGUCUGCUAGUUGUUUCUCCUUUGAUGAUCUAUUGCCUCGGUCCCAGUCUGAAGAACAAGCACCCGCACCGCUGCCUGCAUCGCGCAUUUGUCAGCGGGGAAACUCACCAGAGUGUGCAUUGCCUUCUAAUAUCGGUUUAGCUGCAUCUGUUGGGCUAUCGGAGGAAACUGUCGAUGCGGGGAAACGGCACAGUGGAGAGAAAGAAUCAGCCGGUGCGGCUUGGGAGCAGAUGUCAUUGGCGCGUCGCCAUUCCCUUCGAAGUCGGAAUGGCGUAAGCGCCGUUGCAGCCUGGAAUGACGAGGAUGUCUCUGCUGACAAACAUCAAGAUUUCUGUAUGGCGGGGAACACCGAUCCGGCAUCUACCGAGUACUGCAGCGAAGUAGAGGAUCUGGAAGAUGACGCGAGACAAAAACGAGGCAGAAAACGUCGCAUGGUUGACGCGAGAGCCAAGAUGCCCCUAAAGAAAACUGGAAGGGUGAUACGAAAAGACCUUGCGGAAACGACGUUCGCAACUGACGAUUCGCCGAAAAGGAAAAAGCUUCCUCCAACUGCUGCGUUCCUUGAGGCGCGGAACAAGAUGAUAAGAGCCCUAAUUGCCGUUAAUCCCUUCCAGUAUCCGGCUGGAGAGCAGCGGUUGCAGGCGUUUUCCACUGUUGCAACCCUGCUGGCGUCUGACCAGGCUGUUCUAGGGAUGCGACAGCUGGAUGGAUCCGUGUUGCAGCGCAGUACAACGAUGCGUGUGGAUAAGUUCAAAAGAAAGCGGGGUAAUAAUCGGAGCAACGCAGCCUGGUGGCCGGAGGAGUACGUCUCCCUGAUGAAGGAACUGACUGCGUUAAGCAGCGAUCGCUGCAAGGACGCUGGAGCAGAGGAAAUACGCCGCCUGAAGGCGGUGGCCAAGAUUAAUCCCUUCCAGUAUUCUUCGCGAAGUGAACGCAGCGCCGCAUGGACAGCAGCGUGGCAGGCGUACCGGGACGAUGCGGAGAACGAUGGUUCCCAGGAGCGGAAAGCAAGGAAGGUCGCAAUUUCAUGCCGAAAACUACCGCGAUUCGUCCAGAUGCAUUUGGAUAACUUUCCACAAGAACUCGAUCGCUACAACGAGCAAACCGCUAGUCAGUUUCAGCGAGAGUAUAUCCACGUGAUGCGGGUGGUAGCACAGCAGGCGGGGAAGGAUUACGCGGAUAUCGCGCCUCCUUUGACUGUUCACAAGGAUAUCGAUGCAGUUGGAGUAGAUACGUUAAAUGUCGCCGUGGAAAUCCAGAGUACACAAUCCACUCGACGGUCAGUUAACCAUCAGUCCAACUACCGUUUCGUCAGCUGUGUAUACCGCUUCGUAUGCUGGGAGUGCUCGUUGCAUUUCAAGGAUGAAAACCUACUUAAACUCCAUAAAAUGCAGCAUAGCGAUGCCCUGCCUGUCCCACUGGAUUGUCCAGUUUGUCAGCGAUCGUUUACGAAAGUGGCGAAUCUAUUCCGGCAUGUCAUGGAUCACGGUGUGAAAGCGUCGCAGAUUGUGCAUUUUAUCCCGACGGCUGAUCCCAGCAUCAUGAGCUUCGCUUCUCCAACGGCCGCUCCCAUGGAUGUGCUGGCGCAAAACCGACGCCCAUGAGACGUGCUUCAUGUACAGUUGCGGAAU